UUAACACAAAUGGACGAUGAACGCAAUAUUGACAGACAAGUAAGAAGUAAUUCGGUUUUUUCUUCUGCUGUGGACUCACAAAUUGACUGGAAUGGUUUGGAAUUGAAUUUAUUCCUUAAAAUUUCAUUUUUAGAACUUUUUGCAAGAAUGGAUAAACAUCAAGGAAGUGUGGAUGAUUUUAAGAAAUUAAUGUAUAAGGUUCAAAGUAAACGCAGAGAAUUUGUUUGUGCCUUUCUUAGAGACUACGAGGCGACAACUAAUAUUGAAAAUGCUGACAAAACUUUGUUUUCAUGUUUAGUUGAAUGUCUCCAAUUAUUUCGCAAAGUUUACUUAAUUUUAUCAAAUUCUGAGAAUUAUCAAAAGGAUGUGAUAUCAAACAGCGAAAAAAUGCGAAUUAACAUUAAAGACGAAAUUAUUGGACUUCAAAAAGAUUUGGUUCUUCUAGACAGACUUCAUUCAAUUCACAAUACAACCAAUAAUUAUGUUAAAAAGUUGUUUGAAAUUAUUGACUUUUCUGGUGUUUUAGCUCCAUAUCAUCCAACUAGUUCUCAAGUAUUUUUUGAAGAACAGGCAAAAUGUGUCAAUUUUUUGAAACGUUUUGUCGAUAAUUCCGAAUCAGGUAGAAAGCCUAUAAUGAUAACUGACUGGGAUGGGACAAUGAAAGAUUAUUGCUCACAAUAUGUUACAAACUUGCAGCCAAUUUAUAGUGCCCUUAGUAUGGCUAUUUUUUCAAAUAAAUGUACUCGAGUUACUGCUGUCUUAACUGCUGGACCGUUACGAGGACCGGGUAUUCUUGAUUUGACAUCAUUACCUAAAGACGGUCCUGUUGUUUUUGGUGGAUCUUGGGGACGUGAAUGGUGGUUGGAUGGGAAAAGGUAUUUCUGAUGCUG